AUGAUCAACGACAAUUACUGGUACCAGCUGUACAUCGACGAUUUGCCGAUAUGGGCAUUUGUUGGAGAGCACUCCAAAUUUGCAUUAGAUGUCAGUCGGUUCUCGAUGAUGUACCGGGACAACAAUAGGUCACUCCAGCUUCCUUCAUCGGGAGCUGCCCCACCAGUACCCAAGCACUUAAAGGGGAAGCCUCUUCCGCGAAUCUACACUCAUCGACACUUCACAUUGUUCUACAACCAAGACCAGAUCAUCGAGGACAGGACGAACCGAUAUUUGGACCCGAAGUUUUUCGAGCACAAGGUGCACUGGUUCUCCAUCGUGAACUCUUUCAUGCUCUGCCUGUUUUUGUGCGCGGUGGUCGCGAUCAUAUUGAUGAAAACAUUGAAGCGUGACUUCACCCGGUAUUCAGCCAGCGAGGCUGAAGAGCUGGAAAACUUAGAUGGAAUUGGAGAUGAGAGUGGGUGGAAGCAGGUUAAUGGAGACGUGUUUCGAAAGCCAGACCAUUUGGCAAUUUUCACCGUGGUGUAUGCCUCGGGCUGCCAUCUGGCUUGCACUGUCUUCAUUGUCCUGAUCUUCGCAAUAUGCAAUUCGUACUACGCAUCACGCGGAGCCACUGCAGGAUCCUUCGUCAUAGCUUACCUUUGUACAGUUAUAGUUGGCGGGUAUGAAGGUGGAAGAAUAUUCCGCAUGUUUGGAGGCCAGCACUGGAAAAGGACGAUGGUCUAUCAAUGCUUGUUCAUGCCCGGCCUUGCCUUCAUUAGUUUCGUCGUCAUCAACACGACAGCCAUAUUCUACAGAGCUACGCUUACAGUGCCGUUCAAAACGAUAUUCAUCAUUUUGGUGCUGUUCCUGGCUGUUUGUGUGCCCCUGCACACGGUUGGCACGCUACUUGGACGGCGAGCAGCUGCAGAGCGCUCCUUCCCCUGCCGCGUGCAUCAUCUGAAGAGGCCGAUUCCAACAAAGCAUUGGGCCUUCACACCCAUCAUGACGAUGGUUGCAGGAAUUGUGCCCUUUGGUUGUCUCUUCAUCGAGAUGUAUUUCAUCCUGUCUGCAGUUUGGAGCCACAACAAGAUCUACUAUGUCUACGGCUUCAUGUUUGCGAUUUUGGUAUUGCUUUGUCUCGUUAUUGUGUGCGUCAGCAUUACCUGCACCUACAUCCUCCUGAACGCGGAGGAUUACAGGUGGCAGUGGCAGUCGUACAUUAGUUGUGCAGCAACAGCAUUGUAUGUUUUCCUGUAUACGAUCCACUAUUUCUACAACUCCACGCAGAUGUCUGGCUUCUUGCAGACGGUGUACUACUUUGGUACGUCGCUGAAUUUCUGCAUCGCCACAUGCUUUCCCCCCAAUGUGCCCGCGGAGCCUCAAGGUCGCUUCAUGACAGAGGGGGCGUCCAAACCUGGGACGACCAGAUCUGUUGAGAUCUGGCACUAUCGCAUGUUUGUGUUCUCAGCCACUGCCACGAUGUCUCUAGCAGUGGAGAUAGCGUACACCAAGCUGGUUCCGAAGAUUCCGCAGCUCUAUGCCGCUCUCAUCCGUGCCGCCGUUUGGGACUGCGUGCUGGUCGGCGUGAUCGUUGCACAACUUAUCGAUUUGGCGUCCAUUCCCCUCCUAGCUGGUAUCGACAGUGGCCACUACCUGCCGCUGGCAGUGCUUCUGUACCAUGCUAUCGCCUUUGCCUUUUGUGGCAUCUACGAUCUUCUGAGUCAGCAAGGGAGCGGCCGAGCUCGCACAUUGCAUCGCGUGUUGGUUUCCAGGCGAGUCUUGCUGGAACUUGCCGGCGGUGCCUCUGGAACCAAGCUCUACCUGGGACGCAUCUGCUUUAUCGUCAGCGGAGGUGCGAUGUGGCUUGCGCUACGUGUGCUACUUCUGAUUGGCGAGGAGACGCUGGUACUAACUUGCUUCAUUAUCCUCCUGUUUGUGGCCUACUGCGCGGCUGGAUUGGCAGCGCUGGAACCCCGCCGAAGUCUUCCUGGACAUCUCGUGCAGUGGCUUUGCACUGGAUGGGGUGCUCGAGAGGCUUUGCUUCAGGGUCCUUUGAAGAUCCUCGGUGGUUUACUGAUGCUCCCGUUCGCUGCCUCGGUCAUUGCUGCGCAAAUUUGGUUGCGAACCAUCUCCUUCAUCGUCUGGUUGGCAGUCGCGUGCCCCUGCUGCCGUCUGCAGAGAGCGGACAACGUCUUCGAUGCCUUCGAGCGAGAGCUGGCGAUUCCCCUGCUCCAGUGCUCUUUCCUGGCCUUCUCCUGCACCUUAGCAGGGUUGGCUUUGGAGGGGGAGCUCUCCAGCUUCCAGCGCAUGUCUGUGGGGAUUGCAGCGACCUACUACACCAUCAUGCUGCUCCUCUGGACAGCACCAGCAGUUUUACAGGCCAAGGUGGCUGCUGAGGAAGUCUACGAUGCGAACUCUUUGCUCGGAGAAGAAGGGGCCGCGCAGCUUUUAGAGCGAGCAGCAGAUGGAGAGGUGGAGCUUGAGGACCUGCGGAGCACUUGUGAUGAGCUGAAAGCUCUUGUCCAACGCGAACGGCAUGAUCAUGCUGUAGAGGUGGGACAGCUCGUUGCAAAACUUCGAGAUCAAGAGGUCAUUUCGAGAAGUUCUGAGAAGAGCAAGGCACAGCUCCUGUCUGAAGUGGAGGAGUGGCGCGAAAGGUGCAGUGAGCUUAAGAAGCAGCUGGCCCUCUCAUCACGUCCUGAUCUACCCAGGAUAAAGUGGCCGAUCCACACAGCUGGUGCGGAUGAUGCAGGAGCUUCCGCCUCUGGGUCGCAGCCAUCGACAACCCCGGAUCAGCAAGAAGCCCUUCACGGAACACAGAGCCCUGGUGGUGCCUCCGGCGUUCCCCUUGAGCCGGUCUCAAGCAACGACGAAAGCUCGGAAGUCGAGCGCGUGGGUCCAGAUGCCUCCCCGUGCAGCCACGAGGGUUCAGAGGCUCAGGACGCUGAGAACGAAGCCAGCGUCGACGAUCCUCCCUCGCGAAGGCCAUCAGACGAUGGCGAGCAGCAGCAUCACAGUGCAUCGCACGAGGCCACUCCGACACCGUCUGGGGUUUCGCCGCACGCGGAGUCGGCUGCUGAAGAUGUCUUCUCGGCCCGUGAGGACACGAGUGGAACAGACGCAGCUCUGAGCGAUGCGGAUGGUCACCAUCCAGCGUCGGAUGUGCCAAGUGCGAAGCCUGGGCACUCCGAGAAGGAAGCUGAUUAG